AUGAAACCCCCUACUCUCACCGCGAUCGUCCUACUAGUGACCGCACAAACAUGGUACCAUCACCUUAUACCCGGCGUCCUCGCUAGUCUCGUGAAUCACACUAUAGAUGACGAGACUGGCGAUGAAGUCACCGGUACUUUGCCCCAGUAUACCCCCGCCUCGUAUUGGAACCAAGGCUCCACCUGCACAACAGCAUGCGCGGCUCAUCCAAACGCAUCUUUCGCUCACGGCGGGACCUGGCAUGACACAGAGCACAUCCCUCCCGAUCCCAACCAACCUCGUGUAGACCUAUUCUUUAGUGGUGUCGCCAUCUACGCCUACUGUAUCCUGGGAAAUACGAUUGGCCCUUUGGACGCCCCACCAAUGAAUGUGUCUAUCUCCCUGGACCAAGAUUAUGUCGGUGAAUUCGUCUACACGCCUACCACAAGCACCGACUUCAUCUACAAUUUCCCCAUCUACGCCAACGACACUCUAUCGAACGGGCAACAUACAUUGUCCCUGAGCGCUGUUGGAACAACAAACGCGUCACUUGUUCUUUUCGAUUAUGCCAUCUACACAGUCGACACCGACCCCACAAGCAGUUCAGCCUCUUCCGCCACUGCUACCAGUACCUCCCCACCACCGUCCCAAGAGCACUCUCAUGUUGGCGCAAUCGUAGGCGGCACUAUCGGAGGUCUAGUCGGAGCCAUAGUGCUCCUACUCGCACUCCUCUUUAUUCUGCGUCGCCGCAGACGCAUAUCGGCUGGCGACGCGGUCCCCUUCACUGGUAGCGAUCCCUCUCUCAGAGUUGAACCGUUCAUCUCGACGGCAUUCACUGCAGACAAUACCAACAUCGUCGGCGAGACCAAGGGCCAACCACAGUCCUUCAACUCCUCGGCUCGCAUCGAAGCCCAACAGCCCGUUCUACCUAAUCUCACCACGCAACCGAGCAUGAGAUCGUUAGGCACGACCACCAACUCAGCCACCGAGCUUGUAUCCCCCCAAACGACACCUGGACCUCUCAGACUCCAUCUUCACGGCUCGGAGUCCAGCGGCUCCUCACCUUCCCCUACCUCGUCUGGUCGCGGCGGGAGAUCGAGGUCGGGCGUAAGCGACGGAGAGGGCAGACAUCUCCAUGAUCAGAUCAUGAUGCUUCGGGACGAGAUUGGGCAGUUGCAAGUGUUGCAGGGGGUUGGCCCGCCGAGCUAUACUACCGGGGAAGCUAGGGAUGUCUGA